CUUUGGGAGGCACAGUCAGGGGCAACAUCUAAAUCUUGUUCAGCUAAAUAGCAGUUACACUGUGCUAAAAUUAAACAGCUGUCUGUCGCACUGUCAUGGCUGACCAAGAAGAAGGAGAGAGGUUGGUACAAGACAGAGAUAUAGACACUCCUGGUAAUCAAAAUGAAGACACCACCACUGUUGGGGACAGAGAAUCUGAGGAUCAGCUUCCAACCCAACCUGAAGAAGAGUACGAGUGUCCAGGCUGCCAGUCACUGGGCGUCCUGACAUUGCCCUGUGGCCACAAACUGUGUCCCUCGUGUAUCGAGCUGAGUCAGGGAGAGCUGGGCCCGGACGGCUGCACGAUCUGCUACAGAUCACAGCUGAUGGACUCGGUCCUCCACACUUUGCUGGAAGCCCUGUUUCAUGAUCUGCCCAGGAGACACGGAGUCGUGCCUGGAGCUGCAGAGGAGGGUGUCAGGGGAGCAGAGGAUGGAUAUAACGUGGUAGAGAAAGAAGAGCUGUGUGGUCAGCAUGGUGAAACGCUCACUGUGUUUUGUCUGCAAGAGGAGAAGCUGCUCUGCCAGCAGUGUCAGACAGAGGGGCAUGAAGAGCACCAGUGCUGCUCUAUUGAGGAGGCUGUUCACAACUGUAAGAGAGAGUUGCGAUCUGCUAUCAGAAGCCUCCAGGUGCAGCUGGACAGAUUAACCUCCAUCAGACAAACCUGGAAGGAUACUGCCACUCAUAUCGAGAGUCAAUCAGUAAAAACAGCCCAGAUUUUGAGGGAUGAGUUUGAGAAGAUGCACCAGUACCUCCAUGAUGAGGAGGCUACUCUGAUGUCACAGCUGAACCAAGAAGAAGAGGAAAAGAGUCACAGGAUGAAAGAAAAGAUUGACAGGAUCAACGAUGACAUACAAGUGUUGACCAACAGUAUGGGAGAGACAGAAGACGCCAUGGGCUUCGACAACCUCCUCUUUCUUAAGAAUUAUAAGAAGAGCUCUGAAAGGGCUCGGUGCAGUGUCGAGGAGCCAGAGCCAGAGGAAGAAUCAGAAGCUCUGCUUGAUGUGGCCAAACACCAGGGCUGUGUGCAGCACCGUGUCUGGGACAAGAUGCUAAAGAUCAUCCAGUACUUUCCAGUGACCAUGGACCCUAACACAGGCUCGGUGUGUUUAAGUGUGUCUCCUGACCUUUCCAGUGUGUUUGUGUGUGAGGAGCAGCCUCUUCCAGACAAUCCAGAGAGGUUUGUGAGCCGACAGAGCAUCCUGGGCUCGGAAGUCUUCAGCUCAGGGAGGCACAACUGGGAGGUGGAGGUGGGAGAUAACAGCCACUGGGCUCUGGGCGUGGCCAGAGAGACAGUCCAAAGAAAAGACUGGUCCAACUCUGCUCUAAACCCCAGUCCUGCCUUCGACUCAGACACAGACCCAGGUCGCGGCCUGUGGACUGUGUCCCUCUCCUCUGGGGAGUACUGGGCCUCCCCUGGCCACAGCACCCCACUCAAGCUGAGAAGAAGGCCACGCAGAGUCAGAGUUCAGCUUGACUGGGAGAGAGGGUGUCUCACUUUCUCUGAUGCCAACGACAACACCCUGAUCUAUCGUUUUAAAAAGCAGUGGAGUGGAAAUCUGAAACCCUACUUUUCCACUACAUGUUCUAACAAUCCACUGAAAAUCACAGCGGGGAGGAUGAAUGUUACCAUAGAAUAGUGUCAAAAGCCCUUUUCAGAAAUGUCCUGUGGAGGAUCUCCAGAGAAAUGAGUCCGGACUUUCUCAGCAGUUUGCCUUCUUAACAAUUGCUGCUAAAAGACCAAAACCAAGUGUAUCCUAAUAAGAAUUGUGUAUGUAUCUCAGCCUACUAUAUCUAAUUCCUCUGUGCCAUAAAGUUCCAUUGAUGUCCAAGAAACAUGACAGUGAGCCUCACUGUAGCAGUUGUUGACAUGUUCCUUCAUUACUAUAAACGCAUAUUUAUUACAACCUGGAAAUAACUCAUUAGAAGAUGUGGUGGUGGGUCAACUCUGCACUGUCGUUAAGUUUAACUCAGCGUCUGCAUACAUUUCUUCUCUUUACAGUCACCAUGAGACUUUUCAGUGAUGAUAUGCAGUCAGUACAAGCAUUAAUCAACUUUGUUUUAAGGGUCAGAUCAAAUAUUCUUGGGGGCUGCAGUUUCUCCAUCCUCAAUGUAAACCAAACACCCCUGUUUGUAGUCCACCUACAAAAUCAACCAAGCCUCUUCAGUAACCUCAACUUAGAAAGCAACCAUACGUUUCUGGAAAACGGAGGGGAGAAAAAUCGAAUCAAUCCAUCUUUGUGUCCAAGUGAAUAUUUGUACCAGAUUUGAAGAAAUUCCCUCUCGGUGUUGUUGAGAUAUCCUGUUCACGAGAACAGUAACACAUACUGGGAGGAACAGAUGGUCAACCCCAAAACAUACUGCCUCUGCAACUGGCUGUCGCCUGCAUGGAGGCAUAUUUACAGCCCUAACAAACACAAGAACAAUUUGUGACAACUGUUUUUUGUAUGGAAAGGCUCUCUGGCAGUGAUGUCAAUUGCUUACAACAUCUGCUGCUGUCUGUCUGCCUGAUCUCUUCUGGAAGUGCCAAAGUAACAUGACACACACACAACGUCUGCUGAGUACUUGGCAAACGCAUGUGACCUUGAAAACCCCCUCCACACACACACACACACAGUAGCGUCUCUAUGACUUCAGAUGAUCAUUAUGAGGAUAUCUUUGACUUGCAUUCAUUUCUAGGUGACUUACUCUAACCUUAACUACAACUUUCCCAACGUUAAAAUGUGCUAACCCCAACCAUUAAACAAGUUUUACGAUUUUAUUAACUGUUAUUAACUGAUGAAAAAGCAGUCGUGCAGUAAUAUAGGAAAUUGUGGAUUGAAAUACAUCAAGAUGCAUUGUUGUUUCCUUUGUUGUUGAUGCUCUUGUGAUAAACCUAGUGAAUACCAAAGAAGACCAUUUUCUCUGUGUGAACUGGCGUGAGUAUUUAACAAUUGCGUGAGUGUGAGGGUAAUAAAACAAUUGUAUAUAAGGCAGAAGUUCUACUAUAUUCAACUAUUUGUUUUAAAACAUUUUUUUUUAUAAAUAAUUAUGAGAAGUGCCCUUUUUCUCACUUGAGCCCCUGCCCCCCAAAAUGUCUGCAUGUCCCUGCCUACAGGUGGAUGCUGGGGUGGUGGAGGGUCUGCAGCAACUGGCAUCAAUACUGACGCAGCAGCGGGAAAAGCAAAGGGGGUGAUGGGAAAUUUUCUCUGAUUAAAUAGACCCCCUAAUAAGGUGGAUGUGUAUUAUAUAUGAUUGUGGAGAGUGAGGUAUGUCACAUGGUGUAUGUCACAUGAUCGGAGCAGCGCAGCUCAAGUUGGCUGCCUGAACUAGCUCGCAGCCGCUGCUCCAUUUCAGUCAGACAACUCACGUUCAAGCGUUUAUUGCAACAGUAGAAAAGGCUAGUGUUUGGCAUCUAGGCUCCGACUUAAUCAGGCUCUGUAGGCGCAGUGGCCUGCAGGAGAAUAUGCUACCUAUUGGGACUGCUAUGUGGGCGCCAUUCACCGCCGCAGUGCGAGCACAUGGGCAACAAAUAAACCGAGAUCAAAAUGUAACACUUUAAACCCAGCAAACCACCUGAUAUGCAACAAUAGCCAGAGAUGGGCAAAAAUACAUCAAAAUGUAUUUUGAUACAAAAUACCCCUCAAAUAAAUGUAUUCAAAUAAAAUACAAAAUACUGGUGCCAGAAAAUGUAACAAAAUACAAUACAUUUUGUAUUUAAAAUAUAGGAAAUACAUUUUCUGGAUUUUCUGUUUUCUCACAAUUUGGCAUAGCAGAUCAUUCAGGUUUGGGCUAUAUAAUGUACACAAAGCUCUGGUGAACCCCACAAAAAGGAAGAACAGUCACAAAGCUAUUAAAAGCAACAACUUGAUUGAUUAUGUAUAUAUAUAUUUUUAUUAAUGGGACUUAACAGCCCAUAAACUUUGGCUUUGUAUCAACAAGAAAAUAUUCAUCACAUAUGAAUAGCAUCACACAUUAGGCCUAUGUAUACUAUAAAAGCAAAAUAUAGAAUUAAAACCAGUUGUACACAGGUAAAGAGCCUAAAUAAAUUACUGUACAUCAAGUUCUGCACAGAAAAAUGAAUACAAAUAAAAGGUAAAUAGUAAAUCAAUACAAAAGUAACAGGUAACUUAACAAGUGAGUAGCCUACUCUUUUACUGUACCUUGGCCAGUGGCAUGGUAGCCUACUUAUUUCUCUCUUACAUUUGUAAUGGGGUCAAUCCUUAAUAAAAAGCUUUAGCUAAAACAGGAUAGUUUUAGCAGUGUUACUUUACCAGUUAUGCUUACAUGUCAUUGUAGAUAUAAAAUCACAGCUCUAAUUAACCUGACAGGACG